AUGGUUGUUGCAGCACCUGUAUCUAAAAAAGCUAUUAGAUGGACGGGUUUAGCAUAUGGUUCUGGGAUUAAUGUUACUGCUGCAUGCGGUAAGGAAGUGUCACAGGCUGAUGACACUUUGUCAGACUUGGACUGUAAUUCUUUCCAGAUUUUCUUGACGUUACAGAGUUUGUCAAGAGCUGUGAGAGCAAAGCUGUAUAAGGAGCCGAUGCUGCAAGAAGCGAGAGCAAUGUUCUGUGGCAGUUUAAGGUGGUUGUCUGUUGCUUGUUUGUCCAUUUGUCUUCUCAUACUGGAUAAAGUACCCAACGCCUGUUAUUUGGUAACGGAACCUAGUUUUGUUUACUUGCAGGCAGUCUCUUACGUUAGGACCUUGUAUGCAUUCACAAAUGAAACAUUGGCCAAGUAUUCUUAUGCCACUUCACUCCAGGCAACACUGAGAUAUGGUAUACUGAUAAGUCUGGUGCAAGGUCUUGGACUUGGAUUUACAUAUGGACUUGCAAUAUGUUCUUGUGCUUUGCAACUUUGGGUUGGAAGGUUCCUAAUUUCACAUGGAAGAGCCCAUGGUGGUGAAAUUGUGAUAGCCCUCUUCGCUGUGAUUUUGAGUGGCCUUGGUCUAAAUCAAGCAGCAACAAACUUCUAUUCAUUUGAGCAAGGGAGAAUUGCUGCUUACAGGCUUUAUGAGAUGAUAAGCCGUUCAACUUCUUCUGUUAAUCAGGAUGGAAAUAUUUUAGCAUCUGUGCAAGGCAAUAUUGAAUUCCGGAAUGUUUAUUUCAGCUACCUGUCUCGCCCUGAAAUCCCUAUCUUAAGUGGCUUUUACCUAACUGUACCAGCUAGAAAAACUUUGGCCCUUGUUGGCAGGAAUGGGUCAGGAAAAAGUAGUAUAAUUCCUCUCAUGGAACGGUUUUAUGAUCCUACAUUAGGAGAAGUACUUCUGGAUGGUAAGAACAUUAAAAGCUUGAAACUGGACUGGUUGAGAAGCCAAAUAGGACUUGUCACCCAGGAACCUGCCUUGCUAAGUUUGAGCAUUAGGGAUAAUAUUGCUUAUGGACGGUCCAAUGUUACUUCUGAUCAGAUUGAAGAAGCUGCUAAAAUAGCACAUGCUCAUACAUUUAUCAGCUCACUUGAGAAAGGCUAUGAGACACAGGUUGGUAGGGCAGGUUUAACAUUGAUGGAAGAACAGAAAAUAAAACUUUCUGUUGCUAGAGCUGUACUUUCAAAUCCAUCUAUUCUUUUACUAGAUGAAGUCACUGGUGGCCUUGAUUUUGAAGCAGAAAGGGUUGUUCAGGAGGCUUUAGAUAUCCUCAUGUUGGGACGUUCAACUAUAAUAAUAGCUCGGCGGCUUAGCCUUAUUAGGAAUGCUGAUUAUAUAGCUGUGAUGGAGGAGGGCCAACUUGUUGAAAUGGGUACGCAUGAUGAAUUGCUAACUCUUGAUGGCCUAUAUGCAGAACUUCUCAGAUGCGAAGAAGCAGCAAAGCUUCCUAAGAGGACACCUAUAAGGAAUCACAAGGAGAUCACAACUUUUCAAAUUGAAAAGGAUUCUUCAGCAAGUCACAGUGUCCAAGAACCUUCAUCUCCUAAGAUGGCAAAAUCACCCUCUCUUCAGAGAGUGCAUGGAGGCCAUGCAUUCCGGCCCUCGGAUGGAAUGUUCAACUCGGAAGAAUCACCAAAAGUUCAGAGCCCACCUUCGGAGCAAAUGUUGGAAAAUGGAGUGGCCUUGGAUGCCGCAGAAAAAGCCCCAUCCAUAAAAAGGCAGGACAGUUUUGAAAUGAGGUUACCAGAGCUACCCAAGCUCGAUGUUCAUCCAGAACAUCGGCAGGCGUCAAAUGCUUCUGAUCCUGAAUCCCCUAUUUCACCACUUUUAACAUCUGAUCCUAAAAAUGAACGCUCCCACUCAAAGACCUUCAGUCGACCCCUCAGUCAGUUUGAUGAUAUGCCCGUGAAACUGAAGGAGCCAAAGGACACACAGCAUCAGAAACCUCCAUCAUUUUGGAGGCUUGCUGAACUUAGUUUUGCUGAGUGGCUUUAUGCUGCUUUAGGGAGCACUGGUGCUGCAAUUUUUGGUUCGUUUAAUCCCCUUCUUGCUUAUGUCAUUGCAAUGAUAGUGACGGCAUACUAUGGACCAAAUAAAGGUGCCAGCUUAAGCCGUGAAGUGGACAAAUGGUCCCUGAUCAUUGCUUGCAUGGGUAUUGUCACAGUGGUUGCCAAUUUUUUGCAGCACUUCUAUUUUGGCAUUAUGGGAGAGAAAAUGACUGAACGAGUUAGGAGAAUGAUGUUUUCAGCAAUGUUGCGCAAUGAAGUUGGAUGGUUUGAUGAAGAAGAGAACAGUGCUGACAACUUAUCCAUGCGUUUGGCAAAUGAUGCUACAUUUGUACGUGCUGCUUUCAGCAACAGGCUUUCUAUAUUUAUCCAAGACACCGCAGCUGUUGUUGUGGCUGUUCUCAUUGGGAUGCUACUGGAAUGGCGGCUGGCACUUGUGGCUUUGGCAACCCUACCCAUUCUUAUUGUUUCUGCUAUUGCACAGAAGUUGUGGCUUGCUGGGUUCUCAAGAGGCAUACAAGAAAUGCAUAGGAAGGCAUCUUUGGUCCUUGAGGAUGCGGUUAGAAACAUCUACACUGUGGUGGCAUUCUGUGCUGGUAACAAGGUGAUGGAGCUCUACAGAUUUCAGCUGGUAAAAAUAUUCAGGCAGAGUUUAAUCCAUGGGAUCGCCAUUGGUUUUGCCUUCGGAUUUUCGCAGUUCCUGCUUUUUGCCUGUAAUGCCCUCCUCCUCUGGUACACUGCCAUCUCUGUUAAAAAGGAUUAUCUGGACCUACCCACUGCUAUGAAGGAGUAUAUAGUCUUCUCCUUUGCAACCUUUGCGCUUGUGGAGCCAUUUGGGCUGGCUCCAUACAUACUUAAGCGGCGUAAAUCUCUCAUUUCAGUAUUUGAGAUCAUAGACCGUGUCCCUAAGAUUGAUUCAGAUGAUAAUUCGGGACUAAAGCCUCCGAAUGUGUAUGGAAGCAUUGAGUUGAAAAAUGUUGAUUUUUGUUAUCCAACUCGUCCGGAGGUGCUGGUAUUGAGAAAUUUCAGUCUGAAAGUAAGUGGAGGACAAACUGUAGCAGUAGUAGGAGUUUCAGGGUCUGGAAAGAGCACUAUAAUCUCUUUGAUAGAGAGAUUCUAUGAUCCGGUCGCUGGUCAAGUUUCAUUGGAUGGUAGAGGUCUGAACCUGUAUAACCUUAGAUGGUUGAGGAGCCACUUGGGUCUUGUUCAGCAGGAGCCAAUUAUCUUCUCAACAACAAUAAGGGAGAACAUCAUUUAUGCAAGGCACAAUGCCACUGAGGCUGAGAUGAAAGAGGCAGCAAGAAUAGCUAAUGCUCACCAUUUCAUCAGUAGUUUGCCUUAUGGUUACGACACACAUGUAGGCAUGAGGGGUGUCGAUCUAACACCAGGACAGAAGCAAAGAAUUGCCAUUGCCAGGGUUGUGCUAAAGAAUGCUCCAAUCUUAUUAUUAGAUGAGGCCAGCUCUUCAAUAGAGUCCGAAUCAAGCCGUGUGGUACAAGAAGCUCUUGAUACCCUGAUAAUGGGGAACAAGACAACUAUUCUUAUUGCGCACAGAGCGGCAAUGAUGAGGCAUGUAGACAACAUUGUAGUUCUCAAUUGUGGACGUAUCGUGGAGCAAGGAACCCAUGAUUCCUUGGUUGCGACAAAUGGUUUGUAUGUCCGUUUGAUGCAACCUCACUUUGGGAAGGGCCUACGCCAGCAUCAUCGACUUAUCUAGGUGGGGGUAUCAUGAUUGAUUUAAUUUAUAGUCUUCUUGGUCAUGUUCUCAUUCCACCCAUCUCCUGACAGCCAGAUAUAGAAAACCCGUGAGAUCUUUCUGGAUGAAAUCAAUUGGUGGUGGGGCUUUGCAGCAUGAGUGGAGAGAACUAAUGGGUCUGUUACAAUGUUUGGAGGGUGUCAGGGCUGAUGGUUAGUUGACACUGUUAAAAGGUAGGUUUGAGAAAUUGGAAGAAGUUGUUGAGUUUGGGCUGUGGGUGGAGAGAGGCAAGGAGUGUCAAAGGACAUGCCCUAGGGGCAGUGUGAUGCAUAUUCUUUUGGAGGCACACAUUCUGAGUGAGGGAUUGUGCUCUCCGUGGUGUAUUAGUUUGUUAAUUAUUCAAUGUAGCUUAGCAAUCUUCUUCAGGUGUCAUAUGAGAAAUCUGUGAUUCAUUUUUGACAAACUUUGUUAUUUCUUCAUAGAUUUACAUUGUUCAAUGCAGUCAAAAAUUCAGUUUUUUGCACCAUAAA